CAGAACCCAAGGUUUCUGUAAAGAUAUAAAAAAAACGACCAUGUUGACACUUUUUGAAGUUCAUCAGCUUCCUGUUCAUACCCUACUGGCCUACCUACCUAGUUGCGAUCCAUGACGGGUGAUGCCGGUGGAACGGAAUAUCUUUCACCCGCUGAUCCCUGCCACAAAGCGAGCUCGCAGCAACCACAGGCAUGAGCCGUGGCCUCGCGUCACUGGAUGCAGCCUGGUGAAGCUUCGAAUUGGAUCCAACCUAAUAUCAUCAACACUACCAACCACAAACAGCACCACGACUUUGAUCGCUGCUCUCACAGGGCCACCAUAUAUAUCCAACUUGCCGAACAUCAGCUGCCGCACAUUAAAUCGUUGACACUUCCGUUGCCCACCAUGGCCGAACGCAAUCUUGCCCAGAUUAUCUCCCAGCUCAAGCACUCCCCCUCUAUGAGCUAUACCGAUGCCAACGCCCUGCUCUCAAAGGCUAAACUCGCCCUUCUCAAGCUCAACGCCCUUACACCCGCUCCCUCAACCCCGACGCAUCUUCUGCCUCUCGCCCGCGAGACCUACGAACAGGGUGCCUUAUUUGCCAUCCGCGCCCGCAACCCCGAAGCUUUCACCCGCUACGUCCAGCAACUUCAGCCCUUUUACGAACUUCCCGCUGCUGUUCUCCCCCCCAAUUUGGCCGAGCGCAACAAGGUCACUGGUCUGAGCUUGCUUCUGCUUUUGACGCAGGGUCGAUAUGCUGAGUUCCACACUGAGCUCGAGAGCUUGGAGAACCGAGAGGGUGGUGGCGGUGACGUCGAGAGCGACCGAUACCUUGGCUACCCUAUUCGUCUGGAGAGAUGGCUGAUGGAAGGAUCCUAUGACCGAGUAUGGAAGGCCAUGAAGAGUAGCGAGGUGCCCUGCGAUGAGUAUAGCGUAUUCUCAGAAAUCCUCAAGAACCAGAUUCGCUCCGAGAUUGCUUCCAGCAGCGAGCGCGCAUACCCCAGCCUUCCUAUCAGCUCCACAAAGUCCCUUCUCUUCUUGGACUCAGAGGGCGAUGUUAUCUCUUUCGCUCACCAUCGAGGCUGGAUCGUCCGUGAUGGUAACAUCUACUUCCCUGAUACUGCUGAAGGCGAGGAUGGCGAUCAGAACAAGGAGAUGAGCCAGAUGGUGAUAGAAAAUGCCCUUGGCUACGCACGUGAGCUUGAGACGAUCGUGUAAUGGAGUUCUCAGGUCAGAAUUCUCGGCGAGAAAGCAACGCGAAGACAAACAUAGACUAGUAGAGGGGACCAAUGGUUACUGUACUAUUAAUUCAAUUGAUGGGCUCGCCUACCAGGCGAGUCCCAAAACAUACGUCAAACAUUUGGUCUUUAGACGUGAUUCCUUAAUCUUGUGCUUCUCGCAUAUAAUCAGGC